CUCUCUCAACCUAAGCCUUGUCAUCCCUUUUCACACCUUGCCCUCCAUUCAAUCAUAUCCCCACCAAAAUAUGCCAAAUUGGCAUAAACCCUUCACUUGUUAUGCUUGUUGAAUCCAUCUCAUCAGAACAAAAUUGGUAUGGAGGCCCUCAAUGCAGCAAGUUUGAGCCCCUUGGCUGUUCUUUCCGACAGAAAAAGAGAACCCAGAAAACUCUCCCCAAUCCCAUCUCCUUCCUCCUUCAAGUCGCCAAAUUCUGCUAGUUCCAGCACAAAUUUACCAGUUCCACAAGGAAUUUGUUCAUCAAGAAGCUUACAAGGAAGCCUAGUGCUGUUAUCUUCAGUGCUUAAUGCUGGUGUUGCCGGAGCUCUUACAUACGAGGAGGCUCUCCAACAAUCUGUGAGCACUUCGUCAUCUGGGGACUUCGAUUUAAAUGGGGUUCUUGAUGGAAUUAUAAAUUUUGGGACAGAGAAUCCUGGAAUCGUUGUUGGUGGUGCUGUCAUUUUGGCCCUCCCUUUGUUCUUCUCUCUUUUUCCCCGAAAAUCUAAGCCAUGGGGUGUUGAGUCCGCUAGAAAUGCUUAUGCAAAAUUGGGUGAGGAUGCCUAUGCUCAGCUACUUGAUAUUAGAUCACCGGUUGAACUAAGGAAGGUGGGCGGCCCUGAUGUUCGGGGUUUGGGCAAAAAGCCUGUGUCCAUCACUUACAACGGUGAAGAUAAGCCAGGUUUCUUGAAGAAGCUUGGUUUGAAGUUCAAGGAGCCUCAGAAUACCACAUUGUUCAUUUUAGACAAAUAUGAUGGCAAUUCCGAACUCGUAGCCGAGUUGGUAACUGUCAAUGGAUUCAAAGCUGCUUUUGCUAUUAAAGAUGGUGCAGAAGGACCUCGUGGAUGGACGAAUAGUGAUCUUCCUUGGAUAACACCGAAGUCAUCUUUCAGCCUUAGCAGUCUAACAGAUGCCAUUGCCGGUGCAUUUGGUGAGGAUUCUGAAGGUCUGCCUGCUGUUGCUACUGCUGUUGCUGCAGCAGUUACUGGAGCAGGUGUAUUGGCUUUUGCGGAGAUGGAAACUGUUCUCCAACUUCUGGGUUCAGCUGCAAUCAUUCAGUUUGUGAGCAAGAAACUCCUAUCCGCUGAGGAUCGGAAGAAAACUUUUCAAGAAGUUGAUGAGUUCUUAAACACCAAGGUUGCCCCACAAGAUCUUGUCGACGACUUGAAGGACAUUGGAAAGGCUCUAUUACCAUUGCCUGCUACAGGCAAGUCACUGCCUGCAGCAGAAGAGGCAGCUGUGGAGGCUGCAACAUCCAGUGACACUCUACAGACAGCAGAGGCUGCCCCUGUCUUGACUUCUGAACCAAAAGCAGAAGCUGUUGCGGAGCCUGCUCCCGAGUUAACUUCGGUUGCCAAACAAGAAGUAAAGGCAGAAUCGUUGCCCAAAAUCUCGAGGCCGCUUUCUCCAUAUCCUUAUUAUCCAGAUUUCAGGCCUCCGACGUCUCCUACGCCAUCGCAGCCGUAACGACGGAGUAAUUUAGCUGGGAAUCCCAGAGUCUACAUUAGUGAGGUAUGGUGGGUGAGCUUGUCAUAUGUUUUAGUGUUGAAAGAAGGCAUGGAUGACAGAGUAGGUCGUUGCUCUUAGUCUCCAACAAAAAAGUAUGCUGCUUUUGUGAUUUUCAUAUUACAAGUCAAUGAAAUUGUAGUUAUUUGCAACUUUGACCUCAAACUCUUCAAAUGAAGAUUGGAUUAAGCUCCAAA